AUGAUUAACAGUGUUGCCUUUGGGCACGGUACCCCGGUCGAUGUCUCUGUCGUUGGGAACCAGCUCGCGGUGCCGCAUCACCUUUCCACUGGAACUUUGAACAACGUGGCCGGAGUUCUUAUUACAGGCGAGCUCCCGGGCAUCGGAGUUACAUCAACGGCCAACGGGGUGCCAGAUGGAACGCAGAUCUAUCUGAACAUCGCCUCGGGCUUGAUGUAUUGGAACGGCAGUUCGUUGGUGCCAACAUCGACCAGUUUCGUUAUGGAAGCACCCACGCACGAUUCGUUCGGCAACUCGAACGUCAGUCCGGUCCUGUCGUACUCGAUCACGGCUCUCACCGGUGCUCAAGCCGGAAUGCUGUGGGGGACCUACGACUCAACCCCAGCGGGUUGGCACACUCAUGGCACGUUCUCGCUCUUUCCCAAUUCGGCCAGCCCCGGGGUUUACGGCGUUGGAGUCACCGUCGAUUCCCCGCAACACGACGAGAGCGAAGCGUUCGUACUCUCGUGGGAGUACGAUCCCACCGGAGCAUUUAGUCAUGCAAAUGUAGAACUGGGUGUCGCAGCGAUGCAGCAAGCGCUUGUGCCCGAGCCUUCGACGUUCGUCAUUGGUGCGAUCGGUGGAGCGGUCCUGUUGCUGGUCGGCGCGAAUGGAGUGAGUGAAAUGAGACGCUGGAUCUUGGCCAUAGCCCUUCUAUGCGCAAACGGAUGCAACUCUGCGGACGAUUCUGCGAUGCAGCGCACUCCGCCGGAGGUCACGGUCGCCCAUCCUGUUCUGAUGGAAACGGCCGACUACGCCGACUACACGGGAACGCUCGAGGCGCUGGAGUCGGUCGAGAUUCGCGCUCGGGUGCAGGGAUUUCUCGAGAAAAUCAACUUCACGCCGAGUUCGAGGGUCGAGAAGGGACAAUUGUUGUUCCAAAUCGAGCAGGCGCCUUUUCAAACGAAAGUCGAUUAUGCGACUGCCAAGUUGGCCUCGACCAAGGCCGAUCUUGCUUUGGCAGAAGCCCAACUUUCACGUCGUGAAGACCUCGCCCAGCGUGGGGCAAUCACUCAGGAAGAACUCGAUGAGGCCAGAGCAGAACGCGAAGUGGCAUCGGCUGCGGUAGAGGAAGCCCAAGCGGCCGCAGAGCAGGCCCAAAUCGACCUGGGCUAUACAUCAAUCCAUGCCCCAAUCAGCGGCAUCAUCGGCCGCAGUUUAGUCGAUGUGGGCAACUUAGUGGGUGCAUCGGAGAAUACGCUGCUCACUUCGAUCGUAGAUACCGACCAGAUUUAUGCCUACUUCGAGGUCAGCGAACGCGACGCGCUGGAAUAUCUGCGCGAGAAACUAAGCAACGGUUCUAAACCAACUGAGCGAGGCAAUGUUCCCGUCAAACUCGGACUUCUCGAUGAACAGGGAUUUCCUCACGAAGGAACGAUCGACUAUGUCGAUAACACUUUCUCUGCCGAGACAGGAACGAUUCAGGUACGCGGCAUUUUUCCCAAUCCUACCGGCAUCUUGCAGCCAGGCAUGUUUGUUCGCGUGCGGAUUGAAGGCCAGAAGCAAGAAAGGCUUCUGGUGAAAGAACGGGCGAUCUCAGCCGACCUGGCCGGCAAGUACGUUCUUGUGGUGAAUAGCGACAAUAUUGUCGAAACGGUGCAUGUGAACGUCGGCCAGAUUGUUGGCGACAUGAGAGUCAUUCUCCCGGCCGAUAUGCCCGACGAGCCCGAUGCCGAUCCACCGCGGCAGCUGACCGCGAAUGACUGGUACAUCGUCAAUGGCUUACAACGCGCACGUCCAGGCUUACCAGUAACUCCGAAGCAGACCGAGGCGGUGCCGGCAAAAGAGCCGCCAGCGAAGGCUGAGCCCGCAGCGAGCGAUACUUCGAGCGAAACUGCCAAGCCGGAUAGCAGCCUCAUCACGGUUGGUUUCUUGCCAAUCGAAAAGACCCCCGAUAUCACGCCGCCCACGGUCAAGGUCUCGGCCACGUAUCCUGGGGCCAGUGCUACUGUGAUUGCCGAUACGGUGGCCACACCAAUCGAGCAGCAAGUGAAUGGGGUGGAGGACAUGAUCUAUAUGUCUUCCAAGAGUUCCGACGACGGCAAGAUGGACUUAACCGUCACGUUCGAAGUCGGAACCGACAUCGACAUGGCCACGGUGCUGGUGCAGAACCGCGUGGCGAUCGCCGAGCCCCAAUUGCCCGAGGAAGUUCGUCAGCAGGGGAUCACGGUUAAGAAACAGUCGACCAACAUUACUCUGUUGGUGAACCUUGUCUCACCAACGGGCGAAUACGAUGAGCUCUAUCUCAGCAACUACAUCAAUCUGAACAUCAAGGACGUGCUGAGCCGGGUGCCCGGGGUGGGCGAAAUUGUGGUGUUCGGAGCCAAAGAUUACGGGAUGCGAAUCUGGCUCGACCCCAAUCGCAUGGCCGCGAGAAACCUCACCACCAACGACAUUGUUGCCGCACUCCGAGAUCAAAACGUCCAGGUUGCCGCCGGACAGAUUGGUGCACCGCCCAACCCUACGGGGCAAAACUUCCAGUACACCGUCAACACUCUCGGCCGGCUUACAGAUGUGGAAGAGUUUGAAGAUAUCGUCGUUAAGACGAGCGACGAUGGACGCGUGCUAAGGCUGAAGGACGUGGCCCGAAUUGAGUUGGGAGCUCAGGCCUACAACAAUUUCGUCGUUCUCAACGGAGCCCCUUCGAUUGCUCUGGGCGUGUAUCAGUUGCCGGGGGCGAACGCACUGGCGGUGGCCGACGGUGUGAAGGCCGAAAUGGAGAGGCUGGCCAAAGACUUCAAAAAGGGCGUGAAAUACGAGAUUGUCUUCGACACCACGCUUUUUGUUACUUCCUCGAUUCGCGAAGUGGUGAUCACGUUGGUUGUGGCCGCCAUUUUGGUCGUACUCACCGUCUACGUGUUCCUGCAAGACCUUCGCAUCACACUGAUCCCCACGAUUACGAUUCCUGUCUCGUUGAUCGGCACGUUGGCCGUGAUGAUGCCGCUGGACAUGUCGGUCAACACGCUCUCGCUGUUCGGCCUAGUGUUGGCCAUUGGCAUUGUUGUCGACGACUCCAUCUUGGUGGUUGAAAACACCAUGCGAAUCAUCGAUACCGAAGGCCUCCCGGCAAAGGAAGCCACCGAAAAGGCGAUGAUAGAAAUCACGGGGCCCGUGGUCGCGACCACGCUGGUGCUGCUGGCGGUGUUUGUUCCCAGCGCGAUGCUCAGCGGCAUUACAGGCAGGCUGUACCAGCAGUUUGCGCUGACGAUUGCGACGGCGACGAUCUUCUCUUCGGUUAAUGCUUUGACACUCAGUCCGGCGUUGUGCGGCAUUCUGCUGCGUCCUUCGAAGUCGAAGCAUGGGGUUUUCUUCACGGCGUUCAAUCGCGUUUUCGAUCGAAGCACCAAAGGCUACUCGGGCAUCGUCGGCAUCUUCUUGCGGAAGACGGCGAUCGUCUCGAUUGUGAUGCUGGUGUUCUAUGGGCUAACCGUAGGGAGUUUUGUCCAGGUCCCUGGCGGAUUCAUUCCUGAUGAAGAUCAGGGGUACUUCUUCGUGAACACCCAAUUGCCCGAUGGGGCAACACUGGAACGCACACAAGAAGUACUGGACCGCAUCGAUGCCAUCCUGGCGAAGACCGAUGGCGUGGCCGAUGUGAUCACGGUCGGGGGGUACUCGAUUCUCGACAGCCUGUUCCGCACCAAUGCGGGGUGCUGUUUCGUGAUUCUCGAGCCCUGGGAUGACCGGACGACGAAAGAAACCCAAAUCAACAACAUCAUUCAGUCGGUGUUUGUGCAGACGUCGCAGAUCGAAGACGCCAUCACGCUUGCAUUCAUGCCGCCGCCCAUUGACGGACUGGGAAAUGCCGGCGGGUUCGAGUUCCAACUGCAGGACCGUGGUGCUGCGGGCAUCGUACAGCUCCAGGCAAUCGCCUCUGAUGUGGUGGCUGCGGGAACGGCCGAUCCGCGGUUAACGCGAAUGAACAGCAACCUGCAGACCACCGUACCGCAGUUGUAUCUCGAUAUCGACCGCACGAAGGCCUCGAAAGAGGGCAUCCCGCUGGAGACCAUCUUCAGCACGCUGCAGGCCAACUUGGGCUCGCUGUACGUGAACGACUUCAAUAAGUUCGGCCGUGUUUACAAGGUGCUUCUGCAGGCAGACCAACAGUACCGAAGCCGCAUUGACGACAUCAACCAACUUCAAGUCCGCAAUCGCAACGGGAAGAUGAUCCCGCUGAGCACGCUGCUCACCGUGGAGGAAACCGUAGGGCCGCAGACCAUUAGCCACUUUAACUUAUACCCGUCGGCCACGAUCACAGGUCAGGCGGCGCCCGGGUAUAGCUCGGGCCAGGCGGUGAUCGCCAUGGAGCAAAUCGCACGACAACAGUUGCCGCCCUCGAUGGGCUACGAAUGGUCGGGCGUGACUUACCAGCAACUGGAAGCCGGCAAUCAGGCCCCGUUCGUGUUCUGCAUCGCGUUUAUCUUCGUCUUCUUGUUCUUGGCUGCUCAGUACGAAAGCUGGACGAUUCCGCUGGCCGUGAUUCUCUCUGUGCCGCUGGCGAUUCUGGGGGCCAUGUCCUCCACGUGGUUGCGGUCUUUUGACAACAAUAUCUACACGCAAAUCGGCUUGGUGCUACUGAUCGGCCUGGCGAGCAAGAGCGCGAUUAUGAUUGUUGAAUUCGCGAAGCAGCGGCAUGCCGAGGGGCUUUCGAUUAUCGACGCUGCGGCUGAAGCGGCUCACCUUCGCUUUCGUCCCAUUCUGAUGACGGCCUUCUCCUUCAUUCUUGGCGUGUUUCCUUUGGUGAUUGCCACGGGGGCUGGUGCGGCCAGUCGUCAGGCGUUAGGCACGGCUGUGUUUGGAGGCAUGCUGAUCGCCACGGUAGUUGGCGUGCUCGUCAUUCCCGUACUGUACGUAAUCAUUCAGCGGCUUACGGAAAGCGAGCCAGUGGCGGUGCAAGCCCCUGCACCCAAGGAAGCUAAAGCUGCGAGUGAGAGUGAGUCCGAAUAG